AUGGAAUUAAACGGUCGCUGGUUUAUUGACCCCAAAACAAAAAGAACAGUUUUAUUUAAGGGUGUCAACUUGAGUGGAGGCACUAAAUUACCUGUUGGUAUUUCUUCUCACCAACGCCAUGGCUAUUGGAUAGACUAUGAUAGAAAAAUUAGUUUUGUUGGAAGACCUUUCCCACUCAAUGAAGCAGACGAACAUUUAAAGCGUUUUGUUAACCUUGGCUUUAAUUUGCUUCGUUUUAUUGUUACCUGGGAAGCUGUAGAGCAUGAAGGACCUGGCAUCUACGAUGAAGCUUAUCUCGAUUAUGUAGUUUGUUUACUCAAGAAGUGUCAAGACUAUAAUCUACAGGUUUAUAUUGACCCUCACCAAGAUUGUUGGUCUCGUCAUUGUGGUGGUUCUGGUCAUCCUGGAUGGACAUUGACACUCGCAGGCUUAAAUCCAAUGCAUUUCCCAGAAACGAAUGCUGCCAUUGUGCAUAACUUGUACACAGAACCAGAGAAAUUUCCCAAAAUGAUUUGGAACACAAAUUACCAGAAAUUAGCAGCUGCAACGAUGUUUACACUUUUUUAUGCAGGUAAAACGUUUGCCCCUAAAUGCAUAGUCAAUGGUGUUCAUGUUCAAGACUAUCUUCAAGUCCAUUAUUUACAAUGCUUCAAACAUGUUGCUGAAAAAAUCAAGCAGCAUGGCCUUGCAAACACAGUCGUGAUUGGCUAUGAUACCAUGAAUGAACCUGGACAAGGCUACAUUCCCGUACCUCAUCUGGAUGAACUAAGCAAAAAUGACGUCAGUUUCAAGAUGGGGUUGAUGCCCACUGCUUUCCAAGGCAUGCGACUAGGUUCUGGUAUCCCUACCAAGGUUGAAUAUUGGGAUUUUAAAUGGGAUGGACCCAAAAAGACAGAUGAAGUCUUAGUGGAUCCUGGCCAUCUGACAGCAUGGCUUACAGAGACUGAACGAAAAGAAGCAGAUGAUGCUUUUGGUUGGAAACGAAGUGAAUCAUGGCCUGUAGGCUGCAUUUGGGCUACACACGGUGUCUGGGACAAAAAGACACAGACACUAUUGCAACCUCAUUAUUUUACCACUAUGCCUAACCAUGAACCUACAGACUAUAUCGAGUUUUGGAAAGAUCAUGUUGUCCAGUAUGCAAACCUGAUUCGAUCCGCUCACCCUGAAGCUCUUUUGUUUGUACAACCGCCUGUACUGGAAGUGCCACCUCAUAUGCCAGCAUCACUCGAUCGACUGGUGUAUGCUCCUCACUGGUACGAUGGCCUUACACUGGUGAAGAAGAAAUGGUGUAACUAUAAUGUGGAUUUCAUCAAUCUAAAUCGUGGCAAAUAUGGUACAGGUCCUUUGCGUUUUCUACGUGCAUUGCGAGUAGGCGAAAAAGCCAUUCGACAAUGCUUUGUAGAUCAACUCAGUACGAUCAAGACAGAAGGGCUCGAUUACAUUGGUGAUUAUCCUUGUAUUAUGGGUGAAAUAGGUAUUCCUUAUGAUAUGGAAACAGGUGUGAGCGCCAAGGCAUUCUCUUUCAGUUUUGCAUGUUGGUGGAACUGGCUCCAGUCGUUUUUCGUGGCUUCUAAAGAAGAUCCUAGUCUAACCAUUGGCAGUCCUCUAUCCUCUCAAAACAAAGCACUCGAUGCCAACUUGAAUGCAAUGGAAAAGAAUCUCUUGAAUUAUUCUCUAUGGAACUAUGUGCCUGAUAAUGAUGCUCAAUGGGGCGAUUUAUGGAAUGGAGAAGACCUUAGUAUUUGGCAAACACCUGCAGAUAAGACAACAAUCACCAUGGAAUCAGUUGCUUCUUCUAGUACUGUUACACCCAGUGAAGAAGCAGACAAGCUACCCUGGAGUAUAGAUGCUUAUGGAAAAAGUACGGAUUCUCUUCAGAGCUUGUUAAGACAACAUCAACAACAAGCGAAUUGUCGUAAUGUAGUCAGCCUUCAUAGACCUCAUCCUCGAUUAACAGCAGGUGUUCCUUUGACCAUUCAUUUUGUUUCGCCUACAGAAAAAUUACCUGCUUCUUUUGAGUAUACGAUAAAGCACCGUUCCCAAUGUGAUGGACCCACAGAGAUCUUUGUGCCUUCAUGCUAUUUUCCCCCAGCUCAAACAAAGAUUGCAAGCGACUAUGGUGACUGGAAGGAAUAUGUUCGAUACGAACAUUACUGGGUUCUACACUGGACAUUAAAAGCAAGUGACGAUACAGAGGCAAAAAUAACAUUGGAAGGUGUUUCCCUCUCUUAG